GUGAUUUUAGCAACACUUAUGAAAAAUCGACAUCGUUGAACUUGAACAGAUAAAAAUUUUUGAUUUCCGUUUAAUUUUGAUUACAUUAUCGUUAAACGUUGGAAUUAUUAACUUGGCAAGAGUAAAACGAAUCAUAAAGUGAAUCAUCGACAGUAGUGUAUUUUAUACGCAUGUGAAUGGUGCUGGUUCUCGUUAACGAAAAAAAAAAAAAAUUAUGCGUGAUGAAGUUUUAAAGAUUUCGCGUACCUAGUUCAAUAUUCGUGGGUGUUAUUAAAAAAUUCGUGAAAUUUGUUGACUAAAAACGUAUCUAUUUUUAAUAAUUUCAUUCGUGGCUCGAAAUAAAAAAAUGAAUUUUUCAACUGCAACGAUGCAAAAUACAUCAAAUGUAUGCGAUUCCAUUCUGGAUGGUCCGAUGCAUCAUUUCAAAGACAACUACCUUAUGUACAUCUGCCCUUAUCCGAAUUUCAUCUCAUCUGUGAUCGGUUCAUUUCUCAAUAUACUCAACAUCGUGGUAUUCACGCGUAAAAAUAUGGCUUCGACGAUGACGACGAUUUUCCUCCAUUUAUCCAUCGUCGACUUAGCAACUUUACUGAUCUAUAUUCCGACUACAUGGCAUAUAUGCGUUCAACAUAAUACUACUGGUCAACACGUCCUCGCUUGGGAAAGAUUUCAUCUAUUCAGCAGGUGUACUUCUUCGGUGCUUUACUAUGCUUCAGCUUGGUUCACUGUGAUGCUGGCAAUAUGGAGAUAUAUGGCGAUUGUGCAUCCUUUCAAAGAACAUAAUUGGUGUAAUGAGGCGAAAACACGGAUUAUGUUGGUUGCCGGAUACGUGAUUGGUUUUGUAUUGAGUGUACCAUUAAUUUUAUCGAUGCAAAUUGAAGAUCACAAACAAGGCAAUAGCACCACAUCAACUACGAUCGAGUAUAAUGAGGAGAGUUUAUUGUAUUCUAUCAACUUCGUGUUAUAUGGAGCUGUGUUGAAGUUGUUGCCAUCGAUUGUGUUGACGAUUUGUAGUUAUAAAUUGAUCAGAGCACUAUUCGAUGUAAAAGACAAGCACGCACAAAUGGUCUCAAACGAAGAGAAAGUCACUAGGAUGAAAAAGAAGACAGAUUUCACCACAAAAAUGCUGUUCGGAGUCUUGGUACUAUUUUUACUAUCGGAAGUUCCUACCGGAGUGCUUGGAUUAUUCAGUAUAAUUUACGGGUGCCAGUUUCGUAAACAUUACUUUUCACCUAUGGUUCACGUUUUCAAUACGAUACGACUGAUUAAUAUAUCGGUGCCAUUUUUUGUAUACUAUAAUCUUAGUGAGCAGUUUCGAAAGACUUUUCAAAGGUUGUUUAAUGAGAAUAUAUCACCUGUCUCGAGUAAUAAGGUAUCUAAAAAUAGCGAAAUUUUAAACAGCGUUGAAAUAGUUCAACAAAAUGGAAAUACUCAAUUAUGAUUAUUUUCAGUUUUUUUUUUUAUGGGAAUGUAUGAUUGAGAAAGUUAUUCUCUGUUCAGAAAUUUACUUUCAAGAUAAUCUGAGACUGCCAGAUAUUUUUUUACUCCUGUUUGAUUUUUUUUAAAAAAAUCCUAUACCAAAGAUAAAAAUUGAUAAUUAAGUAUGUGUACAUAUGUAGGAAUAAUUAGUUAUUCGAUGAAACCUAGUCUAAGAAACGAUAAGUGAGAAAAAAUUUCACGAAAAAUGUAAAUUAGAAUAUUAAUCAACUGUAUAUAAAAUUUCAAACUAGUUGGUUUACAUUAUGUAAGUAAUAUGUAGGUAGAUAGGUAUUUUUAUGAGAAUGAUUUCAAUCCAAUGAAAAAAAAUUUGGUUAUCAAAAGUUGAAAAUGAAAUAAACGCGAAUGAUUUUUUUUU